AUGUCAGAUAGCUCUCACAGCUCUCCCAGCUCACACCUCGAGCCGCCGCAGAAAGGCCCUGAGCUUGAGGACCCCGGUGCUCAGGAGUCUGCCAGCGAAGACGAUCACUUCUCCGACGCCAGCGAAGGCCAGACCGAAGCUCGGUCAAGAAAGUCCUCCAGAGCAGCUUCACCCGUGCCGAUAACCCGCGUGGAAAGAGUGGACGACGAGCCUCGUCACGGAGAGGUGCCGGGCACUUCGGCUUACGACAAGAGGACCCUAGAUGCAGUCCCGGAUGAAGUAGAGAUCGUUCCAGAAGGUUCACGGAGCCGAAGUUCGUCGAGAGUAGCAGAACCAACCAGUCCCGGAGGAACUCCCAUCCCACGGACCAUGGUUGUCAGAGUGGACGAAGACCCAAGCUACGGAGAAGUGCCAGGGACAGAAGCAUAUGAUAAACGAAAAGCAGAUGCCGUUCCGGAUCUUGUCUUGAAGACACCCGGAGACGAACAAACAUCAAGUGAAUUACGCGGAGAGGACUUAGACCAAACAGUCCCUGAGACUCGACUAUUCAGAGUGGAUUCACUCCCCAAGGAGCCAGGAUCGCCGGGACUUCACGCCCACCGCAGGAGCCCAAGUGAUGCAUUGCCAGACGUUAUUGAGACCGUGCAUGAUACGACCGGAGAUGAUGAAGAUGAAGAAGGCGAUGACGAUGACGAAUUUGGUGAUGAAUUUGAUGAUUUCGAAGAAGGCGCCAAUGCGGCAGCAGAUGAUGAUUUUGGCGAUUUUGACGAAGGUUUUGGUGAACCAGUAGAGGGCGCAGUUGGAGAUCAACCGGGAGAAGGGGAAACAUUAGAGCAGCCUUCUACGCCGCUACCUCUCCCGCCGCUAUUAGAUUUCACCUCCACGGCAUCCUUGUCCGAUCUUUUAUUCAUAACUAACGACUCCCUUGAUACCCUAUUCCCCGAAACAAAAACAGUCCCCUCAUUACCAUCAUUGGAAGCAAUACCAGAUUCUGCAGCCAUUUUCAACAGCGAACGUUCACUCUCUUUAUGGUCACAAUUAGUCGCGCCUCCGCCAUUACAACCUCCAAACUGGGUGAAAUCCCGGAUUCGACGUCUUUUCCUUGUGUCUCUUGGUGUUCCAGUUGAUCUAGACGAGAUAUUGCCAGCAUCAAAACAGAAAAAGCUUAUAUUGCCUUCCAUCAACCCAGAAGACUCAAGCACAUCUGUUCGCACAAAAGCAAUAGAGAAAGCUAAGCAAGGGGAUGCAACGACCCCGCAGAAUGACUCUACAACAUCAGUCAAUUCUACGAUCUCGCGGCAAAAGUCCAGUCGACGUCGCGGCCAGCCAGCACCUCCAGAGCUAGAUCUUUUCGCAGUGAGGAGGUUGUGCGCAACCACAGAUGCAGCUUUGGGCGGAUUUACAGACUCUGAACUCGAGCAACACGUGGUAUCGCUCGAGACGGCAUCUACAACGGCAAAGGACGUGCUCGACUAUUGGGUUAAGAAGACAGAUGGACUCAUAGGCGAGAAGGAGGCCUUUGAGGGCGUGAUUGAGAACCUAGUCAAUCACGCUCGACGAGCACGAAAGUAA